GUGAUGUCAGUACCAAAAAGAAACCUGACGCCCAAAUCUACAUUGAUCUCAUCAGCAAGUGCAAAUCCCUGGGGCUGGAGGGCGAGUUCUCCACCUGCUUCACAGAGCUCCAGCACAACUUCCUGAAGGAUCGUCCAGACAAGCUAAUGAAUCUCAUCCGCCUGGUCAAGCACUGGUACCAGCUGUGUGAGGAGAAGCUGGGGAAGCCGCUGCCCCCCCAGUAUGCCCUGGAGCUGCUCACAGUCUAUGCCUGGGAACGUGGGAGUGGAGCCCCUGAUUUCAACACAGCCCAGGGCUUCCGGACAGUUUUGGAACUGGUCACCAAGUACAGGCAGCUUCGAAUCUACUGGACAGUGUAUUAUGACUUUGAAGACCAAUACAUCUCCAAAUACCUGCACAGACAGCUCAGAAGAGCCAGGCCUGUGAUCCUGGACCCUGCUGACCCAACAAGAAAUGUGGCUGGUGGACACUCAGUGGGCUGGUGGCUGCUGGCAGAUGAGGCUGCAACCUGGCUGAAGUAUUCAUGUUUUAGUAAUUGUGAUAAGUCCAUAGUGUGCUCCUGGAAUGUGCAGGUGAGACCCU